CAGGUACUGGAAGCUUUCUCCGUUGCCGUGUUACUGUUCUGUUUUCAACUGCUGCGAUUUGCUUUUACCUACCUGAGAGAAAGUGUUCCUAAUUUUGUCCGAAUUUUGUGCACCCUAGUUUCUUAUGCGUUAUAAUGGAAUUUAAUUUUUUCCCCGUGAAUAAUAUAUUCAAAAAUGACAUUACCAUUGUUACCAAGGAAUUGCUGCCUGAAGGCUUUCCAGGAGAUGGAAGUGCUAAAGUAGACUGUGCUAACAAAAUCAAUAUAAUAUUGGAUGAAAUCGGUUGGGCAUCAGCGAAAGCUCAACAGCUUAUUAGACCUAUCACAAGUGGAGCGAAAAUGAAGUUGUCCGAUCAUAUUCUUUAUCUCUUAACUGAUCCAGGGGAUUCUAACGGGAGAGGAAGUGUUGUUGGACUUCUGAAAAUUGGACGCAAAAAACUAUUUAUGUUUGAUCUAGCUGGGUAUCAACAUGAAGUUGAGCCCUUAUGUAUUUUAGACUUUUACAUUCAUGAAUCUAAGCAACGUACUGGCUGUGGAAAGAAACUGUUUGAGUACAUGCUUGAGCAUCAGAAUGUUCGUCCUCAACAAAUGGCAAUAGACCGGCCCUCAGAAAAGUUUCUUUCAUUUCUUUACAAACAUUAUGGACUUGAACAUAUCCUCCCUCAAAUGAACAAUUUUGUUGUUUUCAAUGGGUUCUUUGACCAUGGAUCAGCUGUCAAUAAAUCUGUGGAAACAACUUCUAAAGGAGAGGAAGGUGAUGGCCAAAAAAUUUGCAAUGGAAAUAGCAGCUUGCAAGUGACUCGAAGAGUAAACAAUCAGAUGUCAUCUGUUAAGUCAACAAACAGGAACAGUGCAUAUGAUAUAGCAUCUAGAAGUGCUGGACGAUUUUCAGCAUACAAGCCAGAGUCAACAAUGGGAAUGAUUCUACAUGAUGGUAUCAGUCAGAGCACACCAAGAAGCGAAGAUCAGGAUGCACUAAAUGGCAGUAGCGAGCACACCACAAUCAUAGCUGGAGAAGCCAAUUCAUCGUCUCAAGAGGCAACGUGUUCUACAGGCUUUCACCAGCCAAAAUGUGUCGAUAAAAUAUCAGAAGAUAAAUCUGCAUACCGACACUCUCGCCUAUGGUAGCUUAGGUUAUGCACCACGUUUGUAAUGUACUUUUUCAUCAUACCAUAACUCACAGUGCAAUUUUCUGUUCUAUACUGUAUUUUUAAUUGAGCACAUAUUUUUAGUCUUUUUCACUGGCAUAAGGUAGGUAAUGGGCCAGUUUUAAUACCACACUUCAAUAACUUAAAUCAAUCAUAUUGGGACAUUCAUAGAGUGAGGUUUUUGCAUUCCCUAAAUAUUUAUGAUAUAGAGAUGGUAAUGGAUGACUUUCAACUUAAGACUGCUCUCUAUCCUUCUUCUUCUCUCUCCAAUACUCAACAUGAAUUUCAUUGUUAAAUUGUUUUGUUCUUUUUGAAAACCUUAAGUAUGCAGGAAGUGUACUGUAUCUGUAGGUUUUGGUGCUGACUGUGAUCUUACUAGUGAACCUCAGUAUUACAUCUACAUUAAUGUUUUAUCAAAGACAUAGUUGGUAAUAUUUGUAAUUUGGCACUUUGGUCUUCCAGGUUUUAUUGCUCUUUUAUAAAAACCAAUAACAUGUCUUAAACAUGUUUUCCUUUCUUGUUUGUGAAAUGUGAGUUAGGAACCAUUCGUAAUUUCCUCUCACAAUCCCACACAAAUCAUUGGCUAUAUUUUUUUUGUUUACUUUCCCUGCCAAUCCCCUUUUAAAUAAAUUCUGUGUUAAACAUAUCGUCAAAACAUGAAUCAGAAUUAACCAGAUGGUUGUUGUUUUGUCUGUGAUAGCUUUGUUAAAAUUUAACUAUUGUCUGAAAGUUAAUUGUUGAAAAUAUACUUUGUACUAUUUAUUGAAUGUUAUUGGAGAAGAAUCUUUUAUACUGUUUUUAUGAAUUGUUAUAUUUAUAUGUAGCACUAUGAUAAGUUUUGCUAUGUCAAACUCUCAGGGUCAGCUCAAUCCAUGGAAUCAUAAAUUAUUUUAAGUUUUGUACUGGUAUUGGGUGUGAAUUUUGCACGCAGCUGUUAAGUCUAUGACUUGGUCAGCCAUAGUUUAUUUAACAAUUAACUUCAACGCCAGGAGAUGAAUUGAAACCUCUUGAGUGUUGUGUUAAUGCUGGUGACUCACUUCUUAAAUCAAAAUUUAAAUUGAGAGCCUUUCUUUCCUUAGAAUUUUGUCUUUUGUGAUAUGAACCAGCUCUUAGAAGUCCAUUGUUGAUGGAAAAAUAAAUGAAAAUUCAAAAGUACAUAAUGACUAAAUUUGAAAGACCAACUGUCUCUGUGAAAUGCCUUUCACAUUGCCUUAGAAUAUGUAUUGCUUCAUUGUUUAUUAUCUUAUUUGGUUGUUAGAAGUUAUGGUCUUUUGUUCUCCUGAAACAGCAGAAAACUUUGCUUGUAGAGUUGUUAGGAAGCCUCACUGUUUAUUGAGCGUUACAGCCAAUACCAGAUGUAUAAGUAAAUGGUUGUGGUGUACGUACCUAUGUCAUAUUUUCAUGUUAGAUCAUGCUAUGUGGAUUUCUUACACGCUUAACUUAGAAAUGAAGUUUCAUAUUCACCUAUCUUUUAUACAAUGAUCAUAAAGGCACCUGUAGGUUAGUGA